AUGGCUGUCCCCAGUUCCUUCCUGCAGCCCUGCUCUCCGGGUGCUGUGCCCUCCGGCUCUAAUAGGCCAGGGGAUGUGGGGGGCAUGUCCUUGCCUCUCCCCUGUUCUCUCCGGCUACCCGGGGUGAAGGUGACGGGGGCCGGGGGGGCGGGGGGGGGGCAGGUGGAGAAUUGAGCUGGUGAGCUCAUGGCAAAGGCGCCCAGCAAAGGGGGGGGUGCCCUGGUCUAUAAAGCCCCCGUGGCUCUUUGGCCUGCAGAAGCGGGCAUGGACAGCACCAUGGCGGGCUCCGAGGCGCUACAGAGUGCCACAGCGCUUAUUGAGGAGCGGCUGGCACAGGAGGAGGAGAAUGAGAAACUCCGGGGAGCCGCCCACCAGAAGCAGCCCAUGGACAUGCUGGUGCUGGAGGAGGAGAAGCGCCACGGGGCGGCGAGUCUGGCCCUGCAAAAGGUUAAGGGCCAGGAGCGUGUGCGCAAGACAUCCUUAGACCUGCGACGGGAGAUCAUCGAGGUGGGUGGGAUCCAGAACCUCAUCGAGCUGCGGAAAAAGCGGAAGCAGAAGAAGCGGGCUGCCCUGGUCGCCCAGGAGCCGCCUCCAGAGCCCGAGGAGAUCACGGGCCCUGUGGAGGAGGAGGCAUUCCUGAAAGCUGCUGUGGAAGGGAAAAUGAAGGUCAUCGAGAAGUUUCUGGCCGACGGGGGCUCCCCGGACACCUGCGAUCAGUUCCGCAGGACAGCAUUACACCGAGCUUCCCUGGAGGGCCACAUGGAGAUCCUGGAGAAGCUGCUGGAGAGCGGGGCCACUGUGGACUUUCAGGAUCGGCUGGACUGCACAGCCAUGCAUUGGGCCUGCCGCGGGGGCCACUUGGAGGUGGUGAAACUCCUGCAAAGCCGAGGAGCAGACACCAAUAUGAGAGAUAAGUUGCUGAGCACCCCCCUGCACGUGGCGGUUCGAACAGGGCACGUGGAGAUCGUGGAGCACUUCCUGUCCCUGGGCCAGGACAUCAAUGCCAAAGACAGAGAAGGGGACAGUGCCCUGCAUGACGCCGUGAGGCUCAACCGCUACAAAAUCAUCAAACUGCUGCUCCUGCAUGGGGCUGACAUGAUGACCAAGAACCUGGCAGGAAAGACUCCCACGGAUCUGGUGAAGCUGUGGCAAGCCGACACCCGGAAUGCUCUGGAGCACCCUGAGCCGGGGUCAGAGCAGAACGGGCUGGAGGGGGCUGCGGAGAGUGGGCGGGAGACCCCCCAGCCUGUGCCAGCCCAGUAAACGCCUGAACGGCCCCCAGACCUGAGCCAUUCCUCCGCGGAAGACCCAGGAGCACCCACAAGCUGCCGCAAUAAAAAUGUCCUUUUCCUA